CUCCGGAUUACUCAAACAAAACAAAACUUAUAUCUAUCUAUCUGACUUUUCCAAGCUCGAAACAGAAUAUCUCUUUGGAAUCUUCUCAAAUCAUAAAAUCAUACGUUCAAAACUAGUUAAACCCAAAUAAAACUCUCAUUAAAUUCAUUCUUGUAUGUCGUUACUGAAAUUGCCACAAUGAAAAUGUUGUAUAAACUUGCAAUAUUCUCAUUUUUAUUUGUUGUUUUAGGAUCAGCCCAUUUAGUUAUAGGUGAUGAUGAUGGUGACCAAAUAAUCACAGAACAGCCAUUGUCCAAGAUUGCAAUUCAUAAGGCUGUGUUUGCUUUUCAUGAUGGUGCUUCCAUUCAAGCUUAUCCAAAACUUCUUGGACUCAAGGGUGAGGAUGUUGAAUGGGUGACAGUAGAGAUUAAGCAUCCGAAACCAGCUAAUGAUGAUUGGAUUGGAGUGUUUUCCCCUGCUAAUUUUAAUGCAUCAACUUGUUACUAUGAGAAUGAUUCUAAGCAACAGGCUCCAUACAUAUGCUCUUCUCCUGUUAAGUACACAUUUGCAAAUUACUCAAAUGCGCGCUAUGCAAAAACAGGGAAAAAUACUUUAAAGUUUCAGAUAAUCAAUCAACGAGCUGAUUUUUCCUUUGCCUUGUUUUCUGGUGGAUUAUCAGAUCCAAAAUUGGUGGCAUAUUCUAACUUCAUAUCAUUUGUAAAUCCCAAAGCACCACUUUACCCACGUCUCGCUCUAGGAAAAUCUUGGAAUGAGAUGACUGUGACUUGGACAAGUGGCUACAACAUAGACGAAGCAACUCCUUUUGUAGCGUGGGGACUUAAGAGUCAACAGUCUAAGCAAUCUCCAUUUGCAGUGAAGGGUCAACGCCCUUUGCUAUCUCCUGCAGGAACACUGACAUAUCAUCAAAAUAGCAUGUGUGAUUCACCAGCAAGGACAGUUGGCUGGCGUGAUCCUGGUUUCAUACAUACGAGUUUUUUAAAGGAUUUGUGGCCAAAUACCAAGUAUUUUUACAGAAUGGGACAUAUAUUACUUAAUGGCACGUACAUUUGGGCCAAAAAGACAUAUACGUUUGUGUCACCCCCUUUCCCUGGACAGGAAUCAUUACAACGUGUUGUUAUAUUUGGUGACUUGGGGAAGGCAGAACGUGAUGGCUCCAAUGAGUACAAUAAUUAUCAACCUGGUUCUCUUAAUACCACUGACCAGCUCAUCGCUGACAUUGACAACAUUGACGCUGUAUUCCACAUAGGAGAUAUAGUGUAUUCAAAUGGAUAUAUUUCACAAUGGGACCAGUUCACGUCACAAGUGGAACCCAUUGCAUCAGUUGUGCCUUAUAUGCUGGCAAGUGGUAAUCAUGAACGUGACUGUCCUGGAAGCGGAUCUUUUUAUGAUGGUAAUGAUUCAGGUGGCGAAUGUGGUGUCCCUGCAGAGACUACGUUCUAUGUCCCAGCGGAAAACAGAGCUAAAUUCUGGUAUUCGACAGAUUAUGGCAUGUUUCAUUUCUGCAUAGCUGACACUGAGCAUGACUGGAGGGAAGGCACCGAACAAUAUAAGUUCAUUGAAAAAUGCCUUGCAUCGGUAGACAGGAAAAAACAACCAUGGCUUAUCUUUGCUGGUCACCGUGUACUUGGUUACUCUUCUGACAAAUAUUAUGCAGCAGAGGGCUCCUUUGCUGAGCCCAUGGGGCGAGAGAGUUUGCAAAAGCUCUGGCAGAGAUACAAGGUGGACAUUGCCUUUUAUGGUCAUGUUCAUAACUACGAAAGAUCUUGUCCAAUUUAUGAGAAUCACUGCGUGAACUCUGAGAAGUCUCACUAUUCUGGCACGGUGAAUGGGACAAUCCAUGUUGUGGUGGGUGGAGCAGGUGCCCAUCUGUCGGAAUUCACUGAAAUUAAUACUACUUGGAGUCUUUAUAAGGAUCAUGAUUUUGGGUUUGUGAAGAUGACUGCAUUUAACCACUCGUCACUCCUAUUUGAAUACAAGAAGAGCAAUGAUGGAAAGGUGUAUGAUUCCUUCACCAUCUCAAGAGACUACAGAGAUGUGUUAGCCUGUGUACAUGAUGGGUGUGAGGCUACCACUUUAGCAUCUUAAAUGUCGGUAAAAUAUUCUUGUGCAUCUCGUAUGGUACAACAGUUUGCAUUGUUUGUUCUUUUGUCCCCUGAUCAAUGCCAAAAUAAUGCGGGGAAAAAAAAAAGCAAGUUUAUGGUGCCUUAUAAUUUGCAUUAUAUCUUUGUUUCACCUUGUUGAGAUUCUUGGGAGAAUCAUGUCAGUUAUGUAUUUCUUUGAUACGGCA